CCUGGUAGAUGUCAAAGGCUGAAGCUGUUCCCGUUGCCACAUUAUAACUAGUAGGGGAUCCACACCAGCCAUGGCCACAGCUGCCUCGAAUCCCUACAGCAUUCUCAGUUCCAACUCUAUGGUUCACGCAGAUUCCUCGGUCAUGCAGCAAGGGAGUCCUUUUAGGAACCAUCAGAAACUUCUCCAAAGUGACUAUCUGCAGGGAGUCCCCAGCAAUGGACAUCCUCUUGGGCACCAGUGGGUGACAAGCUUAUCUGAAGGGAGCCCGUGGACGUCGAUAGUGACCAGCCCUUUAGACCAGCAAGACGUUAAACCUGGAAGGGACGAUCUCCAACUCGGGGCUAUCAUCCAUCAUAGGUCUCCUCAUGUUGCCCAUCACUCGCCCCAUACAAAUCAUCCAGGUGCGUGGGGAGCAACCGCGGCUCAUAACUCAUCUAUAAACAACGGCGGACAACCUAUCAACAUCUACGCGCAAACAGGGUUCACUGUCAAUGGUAUGUUGGAUCAUGGAGGUCUAACGCCACCUCCAACAUCAGUGCCUAACCAAAACUUGCACCCGGGGCUCAGAGACACCCCGGACCACGGAGAUAUAGGAUCCCAUCACUGUCACGAUCAUUCAGACGAGGAGACGCCGACCUCGGAUGAGUUGGAACAGUUCGCGAAACAAUUCAAACAAAGGCGAAUCAAGCUGGGGUUCACACAGGCAGAUGUUGGACUUGCACUGGGGACUCUGUACGGCAAUGUCUUCUCCCAGACUACCAUCUGCAGGUUUGAAGCAUUGCAGCUCAGCUUUAAGAACAUGUGCAAACUGAAGCCCUUGUUGAACAAGUGGCUAGAAGAGGCAGACUCGUCCACGGGCAGUCCGAGUAGUAUUGAUAAAAUCGCAGCCCAGGGAAGGAAGCGAAAGAAAAGGACCUCGAUUGAGGUGAGCGUCAAAGGGGUGCUGGAGACCCAUUUUCUCAAAUGUCCCAAACCUGCCGCCUUGGAGAUCACCUCUUUGGCAGACAGCCUACAGUUAGAAAAAGAAGUGGUUCGUGUCUGGUUUUGUAACAGAAGACAAAAAGAGAAAAGAAUGACUCCGCCGGGGGAACAACAGUCACACGAGGUAUAUUCUCACAACGUUAACACAGACACCACCUCGUGCCGUGAUCUCUGACCACAGAACCGGGAUCCAAACCCCCGAGACUCUUUGUGAAGAAUGGAAAUGUAGAGGCUUUUUAAUUGAUGGCUCUUUUUUUUUUUCUCGUGGUAUAAUGCUGAUAAAUUAAUAGGAGUAUAUAUAAAAAAAAACAUUUUUUAAAGCAUUUUGGCAAUAUCUUUCAGCAAACAAUGUUUCUGUUUGUUUUCAUAAACGGAGCCCGUUUAUUAUACAAUUAGGUUUAUUUUGUUUUUCUACUACAAGGAUUUAAAUACAGACGUGUGCCUAUUAAUAACCUCCCAGCGCCUUGGUUAUCACGACAUAUACAUCAGGUGAAUCAGUUAUGUUAUGGGCAUGUGUUUCUUUUCUAUUUUUAUACUGCAUUGCUGUAAGUGUAAAAGGUGUUUUACUGUUUUGUCCACAGCUGAUGCUUAAAUAAUCACCACCGCUGAGACGAAUACGUACAAAAAUGUGUUCACUGACUCCUUGCUGUAAUCAUAAACAUGGACUCCACAUUUCUGUUACAUUUUUCACAUGUCUGUAAAUCAUAAUUCGGUACGCCAUGCUGGCUGCACGACCACAAACAUGGUUGAGUGGCAUUUUAUAAGUGAUUUGACGAUUUAAGAAAAAAAGGUUAUCGAUGGGAGUGUAAACAUUGCAGUGAAACACCUUGGAGCUAGUAUCUAGCUUUAAAGAAUUAUUGAUUCCCGCUUCCCUGCAAUGCAACUAUCAACCACCUGUCCGGGUUUUCUUGGUAUCCUGAGAUCUUUUUUUUUUUUACUUGGCCUAAAAAAGAAAAACAAUGAUACAAAAAUAAUAAUCUAUGAGAACAGUACCAUCCACUGAAGCAGUGUUUUCCAAAAAGCUAUAGUAUAAAACAAACAAACAAACAAACAAAUAAAACAAUGAAAAUAAAUUGUGCCGUAUUUUAUGGUUCUUCACGCAUAUAGAAUAAUAAUAAUUAUAAAAAUGUUUGGGCUUGUAGACUUUAUUCCUUUAUUCUAGACCAUAUUACUGUGUAUCACAAUUUACGUUAAUAUAUAUAUAUAUAUAUAUAUAUAUAUAUAUAUAUAUAUAUAUAUAUAUAUAUAUAUAUAUAAAGACGAACCGUAAAAUACAUCCCAAUAUUAUUGCUUUGUAUUGCAUUAUAUAUCAUUAUUUUAUUGUACACUAAGUAACUAAAGUUUUGUAACCUUUAAUGUUCCAAUAUUGAUUUAUUUCUUUAAUAUUCCUCCAAUAUUUGCUAUUGUACAGUUUUGUAUAAUGAACUUUUUUGAAUUUAUUAAUUUAAACAAAGACCGUUUAGUUUAUUCAUGCAGUUAGUGAUGUAAAAUAAACGCUAUUUUCAUUAAAAAGAUGAGGUUUUCAGCAAUUUAAUUCCAAAUACCUAUGGCCGUCCCAGCGAUUAUUUAUUUUCAGUAUAAACCUUGUAUUAUGUUUUUGAAACGAAAUGUAAAACCGUUAUAAAAUGUAUGUUGGAAUAAUAAAAACAAACUUGUUGUUA